GACCAAAUCACAUUACACAUUAAAAAUGAGGGGCAAAAGAUCCAAACAGUACCGGAAGCUUAUGCAGCGGUAUGGACUCAGUUAUGGCUUCCGCGUACCAUAUCAAGUUCUUCUUGAUGCGCAAAUGAUCAGGGAUGCGGACAAAUUCAAGAUGGAUCUCGUAGGAGGACUGGAACGGACGCUCCACGGCGAAGUAAAGCCAAUGAUCACCCAAUGCUCGAUGCGCCAUCUCUACGCUGCGGCAUCAGAACCAGGCGUUUCCUAUCUCAUUGAUAAAGCAAAAAAAUACGAGCGAAGAAGGUGUGGUCACCGACCAGAAGAGUACCCCGAACCGCUGAGCACGCAGGAAUGUCUAGCUUCAGUAGUUGAUCCGAAGGGCAGCAAGACAAAUAAGAAUCGAUACGUUGUUGCAAGCCAGGAAUUGGAAGUACGGAAACAGAUGAGAGAAAUUCUAGGUGUACCGCUGGUGUAUAUCAAUAGAAGUGUCAUGAUUAUGGAGCCGAUGGCUGAGGCGAGUACGGACAAUAGGGAGAAGGAGGAACGGGUAAAGUUCAGGGCGGGAUUGAAAAGAGGCAGUGGCAGUCUCAAGAGAAAAAGGGAGGAUGGUGAGGACGAAGAAGAGAUGGCAGGGGCUGAAGGAGAGAUGGAUAUACCCAAGAAGAAGAAAAAGGCGAAGGGACCCAAAGGUCCAAAUCCUCUGGCUGUAAAGAAGUCAAAGAAGUCAACGGAAGAAGGAUCGAGCCCUUUUGAUCAGAAACAGAUCAAAGCAUUGGUUGUUGGAGAGUCAAAUCCAGAGAAGUCAGAUGGACCUGAACACGGUGCUAAACGAAAACGAAAGAGGAAGCCAAAGUCUGGGGCUGAGCGUGGAGGAGCUCUUGGGGCAGAGGUGGCUGAUAUGGAGGAUGAUUAGGUAGUUUGGGGUUACGGGAAGGGCGUUCUAGUGGUUCGGACUGUUAGAUUGAUAGCAAUCAAUAAAUACCCCGUAAAGAAGAGCUCUGGGGAUUCUGAACGGGCUAUUUCUCUUCCUCAAUAGCAAGGGUUGGCUAUUAUGAAUGCAACCAAGAAACUAUGGCAAGUAAAAGAAGAGAGUAUGAGAGUAAACGAAGA